AUAGUGUAAGAUGUGCGUACAAGAUAAUCCCCACCCACAUGUGACCUUUGGUUUGUCUCGCCUGGGUAUAAGGUCUUUCAACUCUUCCUUCCUUCCUUCCCCCACCACCAUUAACUCCCAACUUUCUCAUUCUACUCCUCCUUGCUUAUCCAUUUACAAGAUUUGCAUAGACAUACAAGACGAUAAUAUGGCCACUGAAGCACCAAGCUGGGCAGAUCAAUGGGGUGCUGGAGGAAUCGGUGCCAUGGAGGAAGAUGACAGCUCUAAUACCAAGAAAGAAAGCAGCGGCAACAAGAAGGGGAAUGCAAAAGCUGGAUUGAAUAAAGCCAAAGCAACCGCCAUGGUUGGCGCACUAAAGAUCAAGAGCGGAGCAUCAGCCGGCAUCAAAUGGGUCAAGAAUCAAUGUCAGAAAAAGGGCUCGCCUAAAUGAAAUUGUUCUCUCAACUCCCGUUGUAUUGAAAAAAAGUAGAAUCAAAGGAAUGUUUGCAAUUACUUUUGAAUUUGAAUGCAAGCCCAUGGUUUUAUGCA